AUGUCGCGGUGGUGUUUCCUCAUCAUCUUGUUAUCUUUGUUUCAAAUUUGUCUCCUUUCUCCUCCUCUUUCUCCAUGUCCAUCUCAUUCUCUUUCUCCCCAGUUAUGUCUUGAUGAUGAGAGGUCUGCUUUGUUGCAACUGAAACUUGAUGAUGAGAGGUCUGCUUUGUUGCAACUGAAGCAAAAGCACUUCUAUGUGGUUCCGUAUUCAAACUACGACCCUCUCAAGUCUUGGAAGCCAGAUAUUGAUUGCUGCUACUGGAAGCGCAUCACCUGCAACAGCACCACUGGUCAUGUACUUCGCCUUGAACUUUCUAAUUCAUCACUCUCAGGUUCUAUCCAUUCCAAAAACAGCCUCUUCCAUCUUCAUCACCUUCAAAUGCUCAUUCUCUCCUACAAUGAUUUUUCAAAACAAAUCCCAUCACAAAUAUCACAGCUUACAAAUUUGGUUUAUCUUGAUCUUUCUGUGAACAAUUUUGGUGGCCAAAUCCCAUCAGAAAUGUCACAACUGACCAAUUUGGUUCAUCUUGACCUCUCUUUCAAUGGGUGGUAUAACCAAUUUCAAAUCUCUUAUCAUACAAUCCCUCAACUUGAUAUACCUAAUUUGAGAGAACCUGUUCGAAAUCUAUCUAGCUUGAGUGAACUAUAUCUUGAUGGGGUGAAUUUGUCAGAUAAAAAGAAUAGGGGUUGGUGUCAUCACUUAUCGUCCUCACUCCCUAACAUUCAAAUGCUGACAAUGGGUUAUUGUUCGCUUAUAGGCCCCAUAGAUGCAUCGAUUUGA